UCCUUUACUUGUUUCGGCCGUUAGAAAUUUUUACAGACAGUUCAAAAACUUGUUUAAUGAUAUAAAUCUUAUUUCUAAGUUGGAAUAUAGAUGGCUUCAACUAUUUCGUCGUACGUUGCAAGUGGAAACAAUUUGGUAGGAAACGGGAAUAUACAAAUCAAUGGCCCAAUAAUGGGGAAUGUGAAUUUUCCAUCUACCCACUGCAAGUAUCCUAACAGAUCUUGCGGAGAUCAAGUCUCAACCUCUUUUCAGAGGCUGAUUUUCAGAAUUUGGCAGUAGCAGGAGAACAAAAGAAAAGACAAGACGAAUGUUUCAGUGCACUCUUCCUGACGCACCCCGGGACCGACAAAGAAGGAAUUUGUAGUCGUAAUGGUAAUCCAGUGAAGAGUACAUGCUAAUCGACGGUCACACGGGUUCGGUGAUGUCCAUUUGUUUCUGUUCAGAUGGUACAAAUUAGCUUCAUGCUCAAUCGAUGAAACAACUCGGCUUUGGAAUCUCAACAUUGCGAUAAGUAGAUCAUCACCAAGGAUUAGAAAGAAUCGAAACCUGUCCUCUCGGUAGAGAAUUCUACAAGUGCUUUAUUCGCC